AUGGCACGGCGUGCGAGCAGCGCCGGGGCGCCUCCCUUGAGGGACUACAGCAUCCAGGAGGAUUGGGUCGCGCGUACGGGUGGAGGCGUCCUGUCUGCAUCGGCCUUCUCCAGGUCGAAGCAGAAGGGGAAAAAGGGAAAGAAGAAAGCGUCGACGGUUGAACGCCAUGAUCAGCAGCAGCGUGAUCAGAUGAAUGAGGAGGAGCCCGAGGAGGAAGAGCAAGAGGCGGAUCUCUCGUCCGUCAGGAGCGCUAAGGCUGCCGAAACGGCUCCUGGGUCGGCAUCUUCGCAGCCGUCGAGCCGCCGGCCAUCACUGCCAGGAUUUUCCAGUAUGGACGACGGUGGCGGCGCCGCCAGCGGUGCCGCGGCCACGGCGUCGCCUGGCGUGACGGCGCCGCGUGCCUCCUCCACUCGAAGGGUGUCGGCGGAGUUCGGCGACAUUUCUUCGUCCGCGCGCCCUGCCGCUGCCUCCAGCUUUGGAGGUGUCAGCCACGGCGACGGCACAGCUUUCACGGUGUCGUCAUCCAUGAAGCCUGAAAACGCCAUGGCUAGCGUCAUGGGUGUUUUGGGCCCAGACGCGGCCCCACGCGUCUUCAUAUACCUCCUGCAAGAGCACAUGGCGGAACAUGUGCAGCUGGUUUUCUCCCCCAUGUUCGGCGGCAGCGCGGAGACCGCGGCGACUCCUGCAGUUCACAGCGGCAGGCAGUCCGGAGGCGCAAACCGAGGUUUUACCGCCGGCAUCUCCGUUGUCUGGAGUCACGCCAUCAUCGGCGACCAACAGCUGAACUUCUCGUUUGGGAUGGGGAGGGCGGACCCUGCCACGAAUCCGUGGUGCCGGAUGUCCUACGGGUUCUGGGAGCCCGGUGGGAUGAAGUGCGCGGCGUUCAUGAUGCUGGAGAGUUUGUCGGACGAAGACAGCGACCAGAGCACGGACGAGAUCCUGAGGGCAGCGUCCCGGGCCGUCAUUGCAUUUGACCCUGCGGUCGUGGCAAAGACCGACGCCCACAGGACGGGAGGGUGGGAUUCCUUGGAGCCGGACGACGUAUGGGGGGGGGGGACUGUCCUGUUCGUUGACAAGGUAGCCCUGCCAAUGGUGGAGGUGGCCAUCGGGCUGAUGAAGGUGAUCAUCGACGACGAGGAGUUGGACAACAUGGCCAUGGCCAUCAAGCGGGUCAGACGCUGGGCCGUGCUCGAGAAGGGCGGGUCGUCCAAUACCGUGUUCCAGAAAGAGUUCUUUCGGCGCGUGUUCCUUUGGGCGCAUGGAGCUAGCCAGAACCUGGAGGGCUGCCUCGACAUCACGAUGGAGACGAUCGGCUGCACCGAUUACGAGGCACUAGCUUGCCCGUACUUGAAGCCGGGUGCACGCAAGGGCCCCGAUGUUGACUCCUGUGACGAGGUGCCCGAGACCCUCGCCCCCGCCAACUCCAUGCUCUCUGAUGGUGACGACGGCUCGGACAGCGACGCCGAGGGUGUGGCCAUGGAGGAGGUUUCGACCUGAUCUUCUCUUUUUUGCCGGCGUUUUGUCAGGCGCGGGUGUCGAUUUCAUGUAGCUCCUUCAUGAUGCCUGACAUGUUUGUUUAAAUUCAGGCGUGCGUCGCCGCGGUUGUAUUGUAUGUAGGUAUUCUGACCGCCCUGGCGAGUUAAAUCAGGCACAAGGUUGUAGUGUUCUCUCUGGUGUGUAUUUUCCGAGGUGUGUCUUGAACGACACAACACACGCCAGAUUUGCAGCAAUGUGGUCUAGAGACCCGGUGCGUCCUGAUGGUACUUGCAGUUUAUCUCUGUAGCGCCACCAUAUAAUCGUAAUCUUGGGUGAAUUAUAUAAUAGUGCA